GACGGUGCCAACAUAUGAAGUCUAAACUGAAAACCUUUAUGUGAGGACAAACGUUUACAGGCAGCACAGUUCUACAAAGCUGGAGCUUAGCGCGCGUGUGCCUUGUGCGCUCCCGGUCCCCUUAACUUAACUUGUGCAUUGAUUUCAAACCAAUAUAUGUUGUUUGUAACAGGUUAUUUGACACCACAUGUGCCCAGCAGUAAGCAUGGGUAAGCGGAGGGACGUCAGUCAACCAAGUUCUCAAAUUGACAUCACUGAAGAGGAUUUUGCGAAAGAAUCCUCAAGCAGUGCUCAUAAAAAACACAAGAAGCACAAACAUAAGAAACACCACAAGCACAAGAGAGAACAUCAUGAUAGCUCUAGCCCACUACACAGCCCAGAACCGGUACUCUCCUCACAGCCUAUCAUGAGUGAUCCAUCUGGCAAACCACAACUGAAGCUGAAGAUCAAGAUUGGUGGACAGACACUGGGGACAAAAAGUUAUGACAGAGUUGUCUCUCCACGUUUCUCAAGUGAAGAUGAAGAUGAUGAAGAUGAGGAUGAAGACAUUGAAGAAGCAGAAGAUGAUGAUGAAGACAUUGAAGACAUUGAAGAUGAACAAGUUGAUGUUGUCCAAGAUGACGAAGAUGAAGGCGAAAGAUUUACCCCAUGGCAAGAUCAGACACCUCCAGCAUCCAACCAUGGAUCCCCUUCAGAGAACCCUGAUGAAGAAGAAGCAUGGCUUGAUGCCUUGGAGGCAGGGCAGCUGGAUGAUUAUGGUGAAAUCAAGAGGGUCAAAGAUCCUUCCUUACUGACAGCAAGACAGAGAGCAAUGCUUCAUGGAAUGUCUGCGGAAGAAGAAAAGCAACUUCUGCAACUCCCCAGUGGAGCAAAGCCUGCAGAGAUGACUGUGGAGAUGUUGGAGAAGAAAGCUGAGAAGGCUCAGAAACGACGAGCUCAGGCGCACAAGAAAGUAGAAGAACAUAAGAAACAAACCAUUGCAAGACUGCUGAAGAAGCAAGACAGCAAGCUAAAAGGAAUAAAGGCCAAAUCAAGGCGUGAAGCAGAUAAACCUCGAAUCCGCUACGUCAAUAACAUCAACAGAGUGACCAUGUCAUUCCCUCCUGGUAUGCAGUUCCCACUGGACAAGCAAGUGGCUCAACCCCCCAAGCCAGUGGUUCUAUGUGGAGCAGCAGGCUGCAGUAAUCCUAAGAAGUACUCUUGUUCCAAGACUGGUGUCCCUCUAUGCAGCUUAGAGUGCUACAAGAAGAAUUUACUAGUACUCCCAGUCACUUGUGCAUCAUGAGGGAAAUCACAGUCCUGUGUGCCUGACAGGACUUAGUCCAAGGUGCAACUCCUGUUCAGGAUCUUUACAUUGCACUGGAAAAACAUCACAGGGAUAAAUAAACUUGCUUAUCUGUGAACUCAACACUUUUUAGACACAUUAAUCUAAUAAAUUAGACCAGACAGGAUUUCAUGAUUAUGACUACUGUUGGCAGAACACAUUUGAAGCAAGUGAACGGAGAGGACAUGUGGUAAAGCUCUAGGCCAGUGAUCUGAGUGUCUGAGGGUCACAUCCAGCGAAGCACAAGGGGAUCAUGUUUUGGCCUAGCAAUCAUUACGAACGCUGUUCUAUUUGGAUACAGAAGCCAUGACAGUGAUCCAGCCUCAAGUAGCUUAACCCUCAUUUUGAAGAUUCUAGCAAUUUAAUAAUUUGGGUUCAAAAGCUUGAAGUAUGUUGUCCAAAAUAGAGUAGCAAAGUGUGCAGAAUAAAACCUUUGAAGAGAUAAUCUAGGAAGAGGGGCAGCAGUGGGAAGAACAGGCAGUUCAGUGGUAUCCUUCAUAACAGGGUUGGGGAUUGAAGGAAAUGGGGAGGGGUGGUAAAUCCAAGAUAAUUGUAGAGAGUUUUGUUUUGGCGAUGUACAUAUACAUAUGUGAAUAAAAUGACAACAUUGGUAAAAAUACAAUGGCAUCUAUGCGUCUUUAAGAACGUGAGGACAUAAAGCGAUAACUUGUAAGAUUUAUAUACCACUUUUAUUUCAAAA